GGUAAAGGCAAGGUCGUCGUUGUCAACGAAUAGAAAAGUGAACGAAUUCAAUAUUUACAUAAUUUUGUUCUUUAUUUAUUAGAUCUACUAUACCCUGAUACAAUAAUUGUUACACUAAUACUAUUUUGUAAUUUUAUACGAACUGUAUUUUGCUUUAAAAUAUUCCGAAAUUGAACAACAGCAAUGGCCCGCAAUAUUAAGGACAAUAAUAAUAUUGAUCCGGCUACUUUAUUGUCUAAUGUGAAAAGUACAAUUAAAAAGGAUGUAAUAAAGGAACUAUUAGAAAACCACUUCCAAGAAAGUAAAACCAAGAUUGCCCCACAUGCUCUUAUGUUGUUGGCAGAUGUGGCCAAAUGUCUGGUCACCGAGACAUGCCUGCGUGCAGUCAAACAAGCACAGAGAGAGGGUUCUAACAAAGUUGAUGUAGAACAUAUUGAGAAAUGUUUACCCCAGCUGAUGCUGGACUUCCCUUAAAUUAAUAAAGAUGCUACAAAUGGAAUGAGUAUUAUUGGUAACUAUUUUAUAGUAUGGAUAAUAGGAGGAAUUGUUUGAGAUGAUAACAUUGUCUCGUUUUUACCAUCGCAUCGCCCGCCAUAGGAGUAGAGUUCAUCCAUACUACCUGGAGCCACUAUGUCCAUCUACAGUGCGUGUCCAGAUCUUUUUUGCCGCAUAUCAUCCAGCUUUGGAAUGAGCUCCCCUCCAGUCUUUUCCGAGAACUAUGACAUGUCCUUCUUCAAAUGAGGUUUGUGUAGAGUACUUAACAGUAGGCAACAGCUUGGCUCUGCUUCCGGCAUUGCUGACGUCCAUGAGCGACGGUAACCAUUCACCAUCGGAUGGGCCGUAUGCCUAUAUCGUCGUAUCAUCUGCUUAUACGUCAAUAAGCAAUUAUAAUAAUAAUAAUUCUUAGUUCGACACUCCUGUCAGAGUGAUCGUGGUUGCAAAACGAUGUAAUAAAAAUACAACUAAUGAAAUAGUCACACAUUUGUUUGUAUUUAGACCAAACUGUGUACCAUUUUAAAAUAUAUC